AUGGCAAUCAAUUAGCCAAUUACACACUCUUUCUCCUAUCCUUUGAGAUAAGCCCCUUCAUACAUUAAACAAAUUUGCAUCCAUAUCACCCUCCACACUCCAUUUCAACACCCCCCACAAACUCAUUCAACAACAAAAAUGGCUUCUGCUUGUGCUUCUUCUGCCAUUGCAGCUGUUGCCAUUUCUCCCAGUUCCCAGAAGAGUGGAUCUAUAGUGGGGGCUACAAAGGCUUCUUUCCUUAGUGGGAAGAAAUUGAGAUUGAGAAACUACACAUCACCUGUAGCUUCAAGAUCUGUUACAGUUUGUGCUGCAGCUGACCCUGAUAGACCCCUGUGGUUCCCAGGCAGCACCCCUCCUCCAUGGCUCGAUGGCAGUCUACCAGGAGACUUUGGCUUUGAUCCCUUGGGUCUUGGAUCUGAUCCUGAAACCCUGAGAUGGAAUGUACAAGCAGAGCUUGUGCACUGCAGAUGGGCAAUGUUGGGCGCUGCUGGUAUUUUCAUCCCAGAAUUUCUAACCAAGAUUGGCAUCUUAAACACCCCAUCAUGGUAUGAUGCUGGAAAACUGGAAUACUUCACUGAUACAACUACCCUUUUCAUUAUUGAGCUCAUAUUUAUCGGAUGGGCCGAGGGGAGAAGAUGGGCAGAUAUUCUAAAGCCAGGGUGUGUUAACACAGACCCUAUCUUCCCCAACAACAAGCUCACUGGAACUGAUGUGGGUUACCCAGGAGGGCUAUGGUUUGAUCCUCUUGGAUGGGGAUCUGGUUCUCCUGAGAAGAUCAAGGAAUUGAGGACAAAGGAGAUCAAGAAUGGGAGAUUGGCUAUGUUGGCUGUGAUGGGUGCUUGGUUCCAACACAUCUACACAGGCACUGGUCCAAUUGACAACCUCUUUGCUCACCUUGCUGAUCCUGGUCAUGCCACCAUUUUUGCUGCUUUCACACCAAAGUGAAGAAUCCAGAGAGAAUGCCAAGCAAAAGGCUUGAAAGAUUUGUACUUGUGGAAUGAAAAACCUUUGUGUCAUUAGAAGUUGAAAUGGCUGUGUUUAUGAUAGCUUUCUCAUAGAAAUGACCUUGCAGUGUACAAAAAUUUUUAGCUUAAAUCUUCAUGAAUAUAUUUUAGCUGUCAAGAAAA